UCGUGACAUUUUAAAGUACUUCCGCCACAUGUGAAAUUUCGGAAAAAUGUCUCACUACAAUUUUAAGAAGAUUACGGUCGUACCAUCGUCAAAGGACUUCAUUGAUAUUGUUUUAUCAAAAACACAGAGGAAAACCCCUACAGUUAUACAUAAGCAAUAUGCCAUUGGGAGAAUACGAACCUUCUACAUGCGCAAAAUCAAGUAUACUCAACAGAACUAUCAUGAUAAGCUUACAAUGAUUCUUACAGAUUUUCCAAAAUUGCAGGACAUUCAUCCGUUCUAUGCCGACUUGAUGAAUGUAUUGUAUGAUAGAGACCAUUACAAACUUGCCCUUGGUCAGAUCAACACAGCUAGACAUCUAAUAGACAGUGUAUCCAAAGAUUAUACAAGGCUGAUGAAGUAUGGAGACUCACUGUACAGAUGUAAGCAACUUAAAAGAGCUGCCUUGGGAAGGAUGUGCACUAUCAUGAAGAGGCAGGCACAGAGUUUGGCAUAUUUAGAGCAAGUGAGACAACAUUUAUCCAGACUGCCCUCUAUUGAUCCAAACACAAGAACUCUGCUGAUAUGUGGUUUCCCAAAUGUUGGAAAAUCAAGCUUCAUAAAUAAGAUCACCAGGGCUGAUGUUGAGGUGCAGCCUUAUGCAUUUACAACUAAAUCACUGUUUGUAGGACAUACUGACUACAAGUAUCUACGCUGGCAGGUAGUAGAUACACCAGGUAUUCUGGACCAUUCUCUAGAAGAGCGCAAUACUAUAGAGAUGCAGGCAAUCACAGCACUUGCCCAUCUCCGGGCUGCCAUCCUGUACAUUAUGGAUGUCUCUGAACAGUGUGGGAAAUCCCUGGAAGAACAGAUUGAGCUGUUUCACAAUAUAAAGCCUCUGUUCACCAAUAAACCCCUGAUCGUGUGUGUUAAUAAGAUUGAUGUGAAGCGUAUAGAUGAGUUGGAUGAUGAGAGAAAGAAAGUGUUUGAUGAAUUCAAAGCAGAUGGUAUAUCAGUCAUGGAGAUGAGUACAGUGUCAGAGGAGGGUGUAAUGAAUGUAAAAACUGAGGCUUGUGACAGACUUUUAGCUCAGAGAGUGGAGGUUAAGAUGAAGGGAAAGAAGGUAACCAGUAUGCUAAACAGACUUCAUGUUGCAGUACCAGCCAAACGAGACACAAAGGCUAGACCACCUUGUAUACCUGAAUCUGUGCUAAAGAAGAGGCAAGCAAUGGACACAGGAGAGAAGCCAAAACGUAAAUUGGAGAGAGAUAUAAUGGAGGAGGAAGAUGAUGACUACAUACUGGAUCUACAGAAACAUUACGACCUGAAGAAUGAUGAGGAGAAGUAUGAUGUCAUACCUGAGAUUUGGGAGGGUCACAACAUUGCAGACUUUGUUGAUCCAGAUAUCAUGGAGAAACUAGAAGCCCUGGAGAGAGAGGAAGAAUUAAGAGAGAAGGCUGGGGCUUAUGACUCUGACAUGAGUGAUGAAGAUGAAGAAAUGAAGGAAAUUAGAAAGACUGCAAAACAAAUCCGAGAAGUGAAAGGUCUGAUAAUGAUAGAAUCAAAGGGCAAGAGGAAAGUAGAGAAGCCUCACCUACCCAGGACAGCAAUCAAGCUACGGGAGAGGCAGAUGGAGAGAAAGAUGAGGGCAAUGGGGGCAGAUGUGGAGUUUGGAGAAGAUUCCCACCUUGGUAGAGAGAGGUCUAAGAGUGCCAGUAGACAAGCAUUGAAGCGCAAAAGAUCUGAAUCGCGUGACCCUUCAGCUAGUCGACAACGUAGCUCAUCUAGGACCCCAAGAGACAAGUCUGGCAUCAGAGACAAGGAGAUGGGAGCUAAGGUUAGGAAGAUAGCUAAGAAAGCUCAACAAAAGAACUUUAACCGCUUUGGCAAAAUUGGAGAAUCAGACAGACAUAUUUCAGAGAAGAAACCUAAACAUCUGUUUGCUGGAAAAAGAAAAAUGGGAAAGACAGACCGACGAUAAAAGCUUUGCAUAUUUAUGCGACAUUCAUCAAUUAUAUAAGAUCAGUUUUUAUGUUGCCACCAGAGAUGGUGACAUACUGUUAAAGUCUGCAACUUUUUUUGUGGGUGGUGUUUGGCAGUUGGUGUUCUUUGCAUGUUAUACAAUGCUGAAACGAAAUAUGAGAAAGACCCGACUCAUUAUAAUCUUAACUUUGUAUAUUUAUGUGAAAUACACCCUUUAUAUAAGAUUCAUAUUUAGAGUGUAAAAUACUUAUUAUUUUUAGGGAGCACAUAAUUUAUCAUUAUCUAUAUUAUGACAUUGUAAAAUACCAUCAAAUCUUACACCUUUCAUGGAAAUGAUGGAGUGUUCAAAAUGGCAAAAUACAAAAAAAUAUAUUCUUACAGUAAAAUAUAAGAAUUUGUAAAGAUAAACUAAUGAGAGAAAAAUUACAAAUU